AUGGAUGAAAGGAAAUUGAAUAUCAAUGCCCCUCUUAUGUCUGUGAGGCGCUCUUCUGGUCCAUCACCAUCCUUAGCUGAAGCAAAGAGAAAGAUAUUAGAGAAGCAACAAGCUCUUCCAUACUAUAAGUCAGAUACAACCUUAGAUCAGAUAACAGAACCUGUUGCAGUGCCUUUCAAUUGGGAGCAUAUCCCUGGAAGACCCAAGGGUAAUGGUGGAUCUGAACCUCAACCUCUCGAGGAGGCUUCAAUUACUCCAAACCCAUGUCUUCCCCCUGGAAUGUCCACAAAUGUUGCUAAACAGCCAUUGGAAAAGGAAUGUAAUGUUGCAAAUAAAUUCAGGUCCUCAAGUAAAUCAAACUCUUUGAGUGACAGUGUAAGUAAAAUAGAUUGUGACAAAGAAGGAAAAGAUGAGAAAAUAAAAAAUGUGGAAGAGGAUGAUGAUGAUGAUGAUGAUGAUGUUUAUUCUGAUGCCCUUGAAACCCUGUCACCUACAGAAUCAUUCUCUAUGAACUGUAGUGUAAGUGGUGUAAGCGGCUUAGAUAAUUUGGAUGCAAGCAAGUCUGGAAUCUCUUCUACUGACAAACAAACUCAAGACUUCAUGAUGAGCCGCUUUUUACCUGCUGCAAAGGCUAUGACUUUAAAGCCUCCUCAAUAUGCUUCAAGAAAGCAACCCCUUCUGACAGAACAACCUAGGGAUGUUAUCAAACUGGUUCCUCAGCAAAAGAAGUCCUUUGUUAAUAGAUAUAUCACUGACAUUAUACCAUAUAGUGGCGAAUGUCAAGAAGAAGAAGAAGAAAGUGGUGAUGAAACUGAUGAUUAUGCAAAUAUUUCAGCUAAAGGUUGUGGAUUGUUUCCCCGCUUAUGGGAUAGGAAUUCAUUGUGCUUAUUAAAUCCAAUGCCUGAGUCAAAAAUGGGGAACCAGUUUCCCAUGUGUUCUGCCUAUGAGGUUGGAAAGCCUAACAAAAAUUCUAAUAUUCGCUCGUAUAAACCAGCUCCAGCUAUAAAGAAGGCUUGGGAUGCUAUUCAUAAGAGCAAAUCAAGUUCUGGAGCUGCAUCACCAGACAUGCAUUUAAGAAAAAAAUGGACUAGUGAAUCAAACAGGUUUACUUACUCGGGUGAGUUGAAGCAGCUUAGUAGGCUCUCUUCCUUUCGUCGUUCAAGUGGUACUGUUGCUGCUGCUGCUGCUGGUAUAUCUUCUUUUCAAAGGAAACCUCAAUCUCCUUUUCCUGGAGCAAGGUUGCUUGGUGAUUCUAAACAUGCUGAGAGUAAUCAAUCUGGCAAAUUGAAAUUCCUGAGCCGAGAACAUGAAAGUAUUAAGGAGGUGCUAUCACAAGGAGCCAAAAAAAGUUCAAAUUCAGGGAGCCUUACAAUGGAAAAGACAUUGCACAUAGAUACUGCAAGCACAGUAAAACUAUCAUGCUCAAAUUCAAGUUCUAUAGAUUCAAGUUCUAUAGGUCACACACAAAGGAUAGACACUGUGGUAGGGAAAGAAAGAAAUUCCACUGUAGAUUCUUUUCAAGAUAUGAAAUACCUACAAGCUUCGGAGGAAAAUUUGGAUUCUGAGGUAUUAAGUUCUAUGGAUGCCAAUUCUUCAACUUUGUCUAGCAUGUUAUAUCUAAUGGCCAAAGAAGACAAAGCUGAAAGAUUGACAACUGAUCAAGAAAUUAAUCAAGAAUCCAUGUCCUUGCAACUUGUGCAAAGUUCAUUUGAUGAAGAUGCAAUGAUCAACAACCAGCAAAUUGUAGUAGUUGAAGAUUCAGGAAAAGUUGGAGCUGAAUAUGCUCUACAUCCACUUCCCCCACCAUUGCCAAAGUCACCUUCUGAGUCCUGGCUUUGUCGUGCCCUGCCUUUAGUUUCUUUGAAGAAUCCGUUCCUGCAUUCAAAUCAAGGUACUCAAUCCCAUUCUAAAAGGCAGAGUUUUAAUAGAUCAUCCAGCUAUACUAAGUGGGAAACAAUAGUGAAAACUUCAAAUUUGCAUCAUGAUCAUGUAUGCUGUUCUAAGGUAACCUCAUUAAACCCUUUAGCCAUUUUUUUGUCUUCCUCAAUGGUGAGGUCACAUAGAUAA